AUGGCUGCAGAACCUGGACGCUCGCAAGACAACGCCGCCUCCCCCACCGAGCAGGGCGUCGCCAAGCUCGCCGCGGCACGGCGGACUGUGACAGAGUCCAGAGGUACGCUGAAGCUGGCCAACGGCAGCGACAUCGCGAAGCAGUUGACGGGCGUGGCCGACGCGCUCAACGCGAAGGCGCUCGACUCCGAGACCCGCACCUACAACUGGGCGUUCGAGCAGCAGGUGCUGGCCGAGGCGAGGGCCAAGGUCCGCGAGAAGUUGCAGGAGAGCGCAGACGCGGUCGACAGCGCCGCAGCCGUGAUCGUAGCCAUCCAGAACGAGGGCAAGCCCAAGCGCCGAAGUACAUCUUCGAGCAGCUGCUGGGCGCCUCGCGGGGUGCUGAGGAUCUCGGAGGUGGAAUCGAAAGCGUCCUCACUGGAGAUCAGGCUGCGCGAUGUACCAGUGAGCGACAGAGCGUCAGAGUCCCUGGCUGAGUGGCGCUUGACUCUCUCGCCCCUGUUCGCCCACGUCGAGCCGUCCAUGACCAGGCACAAGGUGCGGAACGGGCGGCUCUCGGUCAAGUUGGUGAAGACUAGGAAGUGGAUCAUGGAAGAAGGGCGUCAAAUAUUAGCUGCACGUUCGUCUUGGUCGGUCUGCUCAACGACCUUCUGGCUGCGCUGUGCCCUGUGUCCGUCGACUGCCGUGCAUCGUGUUCUCACUGUGGUGUCCGUCAAAGGCGAGCGACAAGGAGCGACGUUCACGCCGAGACGGAGCCGUACGGAAAGGUCGACGUACCUGCCCUGA